CAUCUAUAAAUACUCAUUCUUGAUUCUUUCUUCUUAUUCUCAUCACUCAGUGAACAAAAACAACAUUUUCUUUGGAGCUCGGGAGAUAAUGAAACAAAAGAUAGUCAUCAAGGUGACAACUUGUUGUGAUAAAUGCCGAAGCAAGGUCUUGAAGACAGCCGCUACUGCAUCUGGUGUGAAUUCGGUGGCAUUAGAAGGAGAUGACAAAGAAAAGUUGGUGGUGAUAGGAGAAAGGGUAGAUGCAGCCUGCUUGACCAAGGCCCUCCGGAAGAAGGUGAACUUUGCAAUCUUAGAAAGGGUAGAAGAGUUGAAGCACCAAGAGAAAAAGCCUGAGAAAAAGCCAGAAGAUGAUAACAAACCAACUCCACCUUGUUGUCAAGAAAGACCUCGUUGUGAAUUGGUUAGUGUGGUUUAUGAUACAAAUCCAGAAACUUGCACCAUCCUGUGAUAAGCAAAAUUUUCUUGUAAUGUCUCAAUUUCUUUCCCUUUUUUUCCCCUCUCUUAUUAUUACUAGAAAUUAACCCGCUUGUUAUGUUUAAAUGAAAUAAGGUGUCAAUAAAGUUAACUGUGUAGCCAUCCA